UCCUCAACUUUGAAGGACGCUUGAUGUGCUCCACAGAGAAGCUUUGUGUGAGUUGAGAGGAGGAGAAAAAAGAAGGGGGCGCAGCAUCCUGGCUGCCCGCCUGGCACGCACGCCGAGCAGUAAAACUAACGUCAACUAGUGUGCCAUAACUGGGCAAUAAUGGACAUAAUAGGUGAAAGUAAUUGAGACCGCGUGACCGGACUCCCGUGAAGACAGCAGACAUUCCAGAUGCCUCGAGAAGACAGAAGGCUCCAUGUUGGAGUGUUGUACAGAUGAUUUUAACACAGUUUGCGGCCCAGCAGUCACUCUGGUCACUGUAGGUGGGCCAUUGGGCAGAAUUUGACUGUGUAAAGAGGGUUUGACCAAAACUGAAGAACACGCAACAUGACCGUGGCCAAUGCAAAGUCAGGCUCAGCCAUGCAGCAGGUUCUGGACAACCUGAAAGACCUGCCCACAGGCUCAGUUGCGAAAGACAUUGACCUUAUCUUUCUCCGUGGCAUCAUGGAGAGCCGCAUCGUCCGCUCCCUUGCUAAGGCUCAUGAGCGGCUCGAGGAGGUCAAGUUAGAAGCGGUGCGAAAUGACAACGUUCAGCUUAUCUUUGAGAUCUUGGAAUCCCUCAACAAGCUACCAAAUAAAGAUGCUGCUAGUGCCGAGCUCACCCAAAUCCUUCAGGAGCCUCAUUUUAAGUCUUUGAUCGAGGCUCAUGACCAAGUGGCUACAAAGUGCUAUGAGAUACCUAAUGACACUGUAAACUGCACUGCCACCUUGGCCAGUUGUCUAAUGCCCGCUGACGCCAUUAGGAUGAUUGGCAUACAGAAGAAAGCUGGAGAACCGCUGGGGGUGACCUUCCGCGUGGACCGAGGGGAGAUGGUGAUCGCGCGGAUCCUGCACGACAGCUCCAUCGACCGCCAGGGCAUGUUGCACACUGGCGACAUCAUCCGAGAGGUAAACGGCUGCCAGGUGGGCGGCGACCCGCAGCGACUGCAGGAGCUGCUGAGAGACUGCAGUGGCAGCGUCACCCUCAAGGUGCUGCCAAGUUACAAAGACUUACCUGCUCUUCCACAGGUUUAUAUGAAGCCACAUUUUAACUAUAACCCGGCCUCAGAUAACCUGAUUCCUUGUAAAGAGGCGGGCCUUGCCUUCUCUAAGGGAGACAUCCUGCACAUUGUGAACAAGGAGGACCCCAACUGGUGGCAGGCACGUAGUGUUGUGGGCGGAGUCACCGGCCUGAUCCCCAGUCAGUUUUUAGAGGAGAAGAGAAAAGCAUUUGUGAGAAAAGACUGGGAUCUGUCAGGUAAAGGGUUGCUUUGUGGAAAUCUCUCGGUGAAAAAAAAGAAGAAGAAGAAAAUGAUGUAUCUCAUGACAAAGAACGCAGAAUUUGACCGUUACGAGCUGCAGAUCUACGAGGAGGUGGCCAAGAUGCCAGCUUUCCAGAGGAAAACGCUGGUUCUAAUUGGUGCCCAGGGUGUCGGGAGGCGGAGCCUGAAGAACAGACUCAUCGUUAUGAAUCCUCUGCGAUAUGGAACCACUGUGCCCUUCACGUCACGCAGUCCAAGAGAAGAAGAGCGAGACGGCCAGAACUACUGUUUUGUGACACGGCAUCAGAUGGAGCAGGACAUUAAGGACAGCCGCUUCCUGGAGCACGGGGAGUACGACGGCAACCUCUACGGUACCAAGAUCGACUCCAUCCACGAGGUGGUGGCGGCUGGCCGAACCUGUAUCCUCGACGUCAACCCCCAGGCCUUGAAAGUGCUCAAAACUGCUGAGUUCAUGCCCUUUGUGGUAUUCAUCGCCGCUCCUGAGCUCGACACCUUGAGAGAUAUGCACAAGGCCGUGGUGGAUGCUGGCUUAACAACUAAACUACUUACUGAGAAUGAUUUGAAGAAGACAGUGGAGGAGAGCGCCAGAAUCCGUCGCGCCUACAGCCACUUCUUUGACCUGACCAUUUACAACGACAACCUGGACAAGGCCUUCGACCAGCUGCAGGAGGCUGUAGAGAGACUACUCAUAGAGCCGCAGUGGGUCCCGGUCAGCUGGGUCUACUGAUGAGGCGCCCCCUUUGAUCGGACUGGACUGUGGUUGUCCGGAGCUGCUACACCUGCCAUGUGAACGGGGAUGCCGCAAUGCACACUAUGCAAGUCACAGCGCACGGGAAGUGUACUUAUUUAUUGGCAAACUCUUUUAAUAUACUCAUCAAAUUGAUUGGGAGUCAUUUUGUGUCGGUGUUUUUUAAUAGAAAUCAAUUGGACAUGUCCCGUUAUUUAAUGUUACCCUUGUAUGUAAGUUGUCUAUUUAUUCUAUUAAGAAAAUGGAGGGCUUGCUUUUUAAUGAUACCUCACCUCAGUGUUUGCGUUUACUCAUCUCAUUUUGCCACUAUUUGUUGUCAUCCUACUAGUAGUCACCACCACUUAAUAAGGCUGCUUUUUUUGCCUGUUUUUCGUUAAGUGGAAAGGAUCGAAUGGAACUAAGAGAUAACAAUGUGCCCAUCAUACAUUUCCCUUACUAUGCCAAGAACAGGUCACAUAAAUGUAAACAUUGAUGUUUCUCUCAAACUAACCACGUGGUGCUGCAUUUGACUACAAAAAACGUUUUAAUUAAACAGGGUGCUGUCUCAAUAAAACGUCCCUUUUGAUGUGAUCCCACUUAAACUGCCAAAACAGAUUUACUGACUUAAAAACCAUAUUUUACUUAUAUUUCAGAUAAGAUGUAUUUUCCAAUGUUGAAUAAAUGUGUUUUUUAAUCUAA